UUGAUAGAACUGGAAUGUACGACAAAGCUAAAGAUGUUCACGAAAAAGCUCUGGAAAUUCGAAAACGAUCGUUAGGUCCAAAUCAUGUUGAUGUCGCUGCGUCUUUAAACAAUCUUGGUAUGGUGUAUUAUUAUACUGGAAACUACGAGAAAGCUAUAGAGAUUUACGAAAAGCUCUGGAAAUUCAAAACGAUCGUUAGGUCCAAAUCAUAUUAGAGUCGCUGCCUCUUUACAUAAUCUUGGUUUGGUGUUUGAUAAAACUGGAAAUUACGACAAAGCCAUAGAGUUUUACGAAAAAGCUUUGGAAACUCGAGAACAAUCGUUAGGUCCAAAUCAUGUUGAUGUCGCCAUAUCUUUAAACAUUCUUGGUUUGGUCUAUUGUGAAACUCGAAACUACGACAAAGCUAUAGAGUUUUACGAAAAAGCUCUGAAAAUUCGUAAACAAUCGUUAAGUCCAAAUCAUGUUGAUGUCGCUGCGUCUUUACACAAUCUUGGUAUGGUGUAUUAUAAUACUGAAAAGUACGACAAAGCUAUAGAGUUUCACGAAAAAGCUUUAGAAACUCGAAAACGAUCGUUGAGUCCAAAUCAUGUUGAUGUUGCUGAUUCUUUAAACAAUCUUGGUAUGGUUUAUUAUGAUACUGGAAACUACGACAAAGCUAUAGAGUUUUACGAAAAAGCUCUGGAAAUUCGUAAACAAUCAUUAAGUCCAAAUCAUGUUGAUGUCGCGGCGUCUUUAAACAAUCUUGGUAUGGUUUAUUAUGAUACUGGAAACUACGACAAAGCUAUAGAGUUUUACGAAAAAGCUCUGGAAAUUCGUAAACAAUUGUUAAGUCCAAAUCAUGUUGAUGUCGCUGCGUCUUUACACAAUCUUGGUAUGGUGUAUUAUAAUACUGAAAAGUACGACAAAGCUAUAGAGUUUCACGAAAAAGCUUUAGAAACUCGAAAACGAUCGUUGAGUCCAAAUCAUGUUGAUGUUGCUGAUUCUUUAAACAAUCUUGCUUUGGUCCAAGUCAUGUUAAAGUCGCUGCCUCUUUACACAAUCUUGGUUUGGUUUUUGAAAAAACUGGAAAGUACGACGAAGCUAAAGAGGUUUACGAAAAUGCCCUGGAAAUUCGAGAACAAUCAUUAG